GUCGCGACACGUCAGAAUAUUUAAUUCUUUUAUUUAAAUAUUUGCACAGUUGUCGAAUCAAAACCUCAGGCACGCGCUCAGAACACACCACUCGCAACCAUGAAGUGCAAGCAAGCACAUAAUCUGUCCUUGCUGGGCCUGGCUUUGAUUGUUUUCAUCGCGAUUUCGACGGUGACAGCUUUGCCCGUGACGCAAAACAAAAAAGCGGACGCCAAGGAGGCUGAAUCCAGCAGCACCCCCGCCACAGCUGACGUGGAGACGGCUCUGGAGUAUGAGCGUUAUCUGAGGGAAGUGGUCGAGGCUCUGGAAGCUGAUCCCGAGUUUCGACAAAAGCUGGACAAGGCCCCCGAGGCGGACAUACGUAGUGGCAAAAUAGCUCAAGAGCUUGACUAUGUGAAUCAUCAUGUGAGAACAAAGCUUGACGAAAUAAAGCGACGAGAGUUGGAGCGACUGCGCGAGCUGGCCAAUCAGGCCUAUGAGCUAAGGAACGACAUCGAUCGGAAGCAUCUAAAGGUGCCCCUGCAUUUGGAUCACGACAAUGCGCACACUUUCGAGAUAGAGGAUUUAAAGAAGUUGAUUCAGAAAACGUCUGAUGAUCUGGCCGAGGCAGAUCGCAAGCGUCGUGGGGAUUUCAAGGAAUACGAAAUGCAAAAGGAGUUCGAGCGCGAGGCCCAGAAGAAGGAAAUGGACGAGGCGUCGCGUAAGAAGUUCGAAGAGGAGCUCAAACAAAAGGAGGAGAAGCACAAGGAGCACGGCAAACUUCACCAUCCUGGUAACAAGGCUCAACUGGAAGAGGUAUGGGAAAAGCAGGACCACAUGGACAAGAAUGACUUUGAGCCGAAGACCUUCUUCUCCAUCCACGACGUGGACAGCAACGGCUACUGGGACGAGGCCGAAGUGAAGGCCCUGUUUGUCAAGGAACUGGACAAGGUCUAUCAAAGUGAUCUGCCCGAGGACGAUAUGCGCGAAAGGGCUGAGGAAAUGGAGCGCAUGCGUGAGCAUUACUUCCAGGAGACGGACACCAAUCACGAUGGCUUGAUCAGCAUCGAGGAGUUCAUGAUGCAAACCACAAAGGACGAGUUCCAGAAGGAUCCCGAAUGGGAGACCAUCGACAAACAGCCGCAAUACACUCACGAAGAGUAUCUGGAGUACGAGCGCCGCCGCCAGGAGGAAGUGCAAAGAAUGAUUGCCCAGGGACAACUGCCGCCCCACCCAAAUAUGCCUCAAGGCUACUACGCAGCGCCGCCACCCGGCGGUGUGGCCUACCAUGAAGCGCCGCCAGGAGCUCAGCUCCACUACCAGCAGGCAGAACAGCAGCACGCACAGCAGCAGCAACAAUAUGCUCAGCAGCAACAGCAAUACGCGCAGCAGUACCAGCAGCAGCAAUACGGCAAUGGACAACCCGUGCAAUUGCAUCCCAAUCAGGUAUAUCAGCACGCCGGACAGAUACCACAACAGCAGCCACAGCCAGUCUAUCAGCAGCCGCAGCCCGUGCAGCAUCAACAACAGCAGCAGCCGCAGCCCGUACAACAACAACAGCCCCAAGCCCAGCAAUUGAAUAAUCAACAUCCGCCAUCUGUGCAAAAUCAACAGCUUCCGGUACAGCAGCAACAGAAAGAGCAUCAACAAAAUCAACAAAUACCACAGCAGCAACACUAAACAUUCCUUUCGAUGGUGCAUUUGUUAUAGUGAAAAACGUAUAGAAAUCUAAUUAAAUUUUUGGUUGAUUUUGAGACCACUGAUUGGACUGAAAUGGCAAAACAAAAAACAAUUUCUCACUACGAUUAUAUGGCAAGAAAGAAACGAAUAAGCGAAUGUUGAUUCGGUUGCCACAUUGUCUUUCCAUUGUACUAGUUAUCUACUUCUCUCUCCUUUUAUACUCUUUCUUCUUCUCCUGUCCCUCUGCAUUAUGCGAAGUUUUUUUAACGAAUUUUUUUGUACAUAUUACUAUUUAUACAAUAUGAGUUUUCAUAGCAGAAAAAUAAACGAUUGGGUCAGACCACGGAAGAAAACUUUACAAA